AUGAGCGAGCCCAACGCAAAGCAGGCCAAGACGACCACCGUCUGGGACGAUGCGACGUCCAAGAAGUUCUUCGACCACAUUGAGAGCAAGAAGGACGAGUACAUCAAGCGCCUGGCCGAGGCCGUUGCCAUUGAUUCUGUCAGUGGCGAGGUUGCCCGCCGCCCCAAGGUCGUGGAGAUGGGCCACUGGCUCAAGGCCUGGAUCGAGAAGCUCGGCGGCACCGUCACCAUGAAGGACAUUGGCAAGCAGACGCUUGAGGGCCAGGAGGUUGACCUCCCACCUGUGCUCCUUGGCCAGUACGGCACCGACCCAAGCAAGAAGACCCUCUGCGUGUACGGCCACUACGACGUCCAGCCCGCCGACAAGUCCGACGGGUGGGACACGGAGCCGUUUGUGCUGACGGAGAAGGAGGGGCGGCUGUUUGGCCGCGGGUCCUCUGACGACAAGGGCCCCGUCCUGGGCUGGCUGUGGGCCAUUGAGGCGAGCCAGGAGCUUGGGCUUGACCUCCCCGUCAACAUCAAGAUGGUGUUUGAGGGCAUGGAGGAGUCUGGCUCUGUCGGCAUGGAGGAGCUCAUUCGCGCCGAGGCCAAGGGGUUCCUGUCUGACGUUGACUGCGUGUGCAUCAGCGACAACUACUGGCUCGGCACCACCAAGCCCUGCAUCACCUACGGCCUCCGUGGCAUCUGCUACUUCUUCCUCUCCGUUGAGGGUUCCACCAAGGAUCUCCACUCUGGCGUGUUUGGCGGCACCGUGCACGAGCCCAUGGUCGACCUGGUGAAGAUGAUGAGCACGCUCGUGGAUGCCAAGGGCAACAUCCUCAUCGAUGGUGUGAACGACACCGUUGCCCCUGUUGUUGCCGACGAGCACAAGGUGUACGAGGCCAUCGACUUUGACAUCCAGGACUACAAGCGCGACGCCGGCCUUGUUGGCGACGUGCCUCACCCGUCCAAGGUUGACACGCUCAUGCGUCGUUGGCGGUUCCCGUCGCUGUCCAUCCACGGCGUGGAGGGCGCAUUCUACGGCCAGGGCGGCAAGACCGUCAUCCCACGCAAGGUGAUCCCCGACCAGGACCCCGAGGACAUCUUCAAGAAGGUUGAGAAGCACGUGCUUGCUGAGCACGCCAAGCUCAACUCCACGACAAAGGUGUCGCUCACCUCUGAGCACGGCGGCAAGCCUUGGGUGGCCAACUUUGACCAUCCAAACUACGUCGCAGGCCGCAAGGCCACCAAGGAGGUGUACGGCGUUGAGCCCGAUCUCACGCGCGAGGGCGGAAGCAUCCCCAUCACCCUCACCUUCGAGGAGGCGACGGGCAAGAGCGUGCUGCUGCUGCCAAUGGGCCGCGGUGACGACGGCGCCCACUCGCAGAACGAGAAGCUCGAUGUGUCAAACUACAUCAACGGCAUCAAGCUCCUCGGCUCGUACAUCUUCAACCUCACUGACAUCUGA